UAGUAGGUAGCAGUGCGCCACAGAAACUGAGAAAGCUAGCCUAGCCUGGCAUUGCAAUAAUUGAUUGUCGGAAAGCAAUCGCCACUGCAUCGCAGGAGCAGGGUAGCGCUGGGCACUAGGCUGGGCAUCAAAUAGACGGAUGUCUGUCAUCAUGGUCAUAGGGUAUUUCCAGUUCGCUUGCUCACUUCGAAGGUCCGCUGCAUGCACUGCAGGGAACCCAGAUCUACUUAGCUAACUGAGCAUGUCGUGUGAAGGCACGAGGACCGCAUACACACGCUGACACAGUGCAAAACUUCUUUGAUUACUCCGACCAGCCUCCAGCCACUCGUCACUGCACUGUUGCUUUGUUGCUCUUCAGUUUCUCUCUGCGAGGGUCUGGGCUAGCUGUGCACCAGGCAGCCAAGAAUUCAUCAUUCUGAACAUCGUAGCCUAACGUCGGAUUUGCUAUAAACAUGCAGACGAGGAUUGUGGUGGUGGACCGGCUGGUGCCUAGCGUUGUCGUGUUCGUCUUGCUAGUGACAUUGGCCACAAGUCCUGCUGCUGCUCAACCAGGCCCGUGGAGCCAGUACAGCGCAUGUAGUGUAUCAUGUGGAGAUAUGGGUGGGACGCAGGUCAGGAACAGGACAUGCCUCAAUCCUGGUCUCACCAACGGCUGCAUGGGAGCACAGCUCAGUGAAGAGGUGUCUUGUAACGUUGGUGUACCCUGUUUCACCCUAACCGAAUGGAGCGGGUUUGCACCUUGCAGUGUCUCCUGCGGCCAGGGCAUGCAGACACGAAUGCGCAUGUGCCUCGACAGUACUAGUAACUGCAAUGGUGCAGCCUUGAGCCAAACGCAGACCUGUUCUCGCGGUAGCUGUCCAGUGAAUGGUAACUGGUCUCCAUGGUCACCGUGGAGCUGCUCUACGACGUGCGGAGGUGGUGUGAGGAGCCGGACUCGUACGUGUGAUAACCCGCCAGCGUCGGCUGGGGGAGUCAACUGUUCCGGCAACGCCAUGCAGGCCAACCUGACCCUGUGCAAUGUGGCACCUUGCCCCAUUGACGGUGGAUGGUCAUCCUGGACACCGUGGGCAUGUAAUGCUAGCUGUGGCGGGAAUCUUGGAGUACAGGUGCGUACACGACUCUGCAAUGCGCCAGCGCCUCAGUUUGGUGGCCGCAACUGCUCUCGAUUGGACGCGGCCUUGGAGACGAAUGGAUCGUCUUGUAUCAGUGCAACGUGUCCAGCUAUCAUUGUUCCGACAGUUGUCAGAGCCAGUCUAACCACAGCCCCCACUGGACUGGAGUCAGACAGCCAAGCGGUCGUAUCCCAAGCUGUGGACAUCACUGUAGGAUCAGCUCUGAUUUCAGCAUGUCCAGCCCCAGUGCAACAAAACAGUGGCAACGGGGCCCAACAGGUCAAUUGGUACGGUCCAAACACGCAGUCUCAGCUCGUGUCAGCUGGUAACAUCUUGCUGCUGGAUAGCGUGGAGAUGAAAGACGGCGGCCGGUAUUGGUGUCGCAGAGACGGCGCUGCAGGCACCGCGACGUACACGGCUUCAGUGGACGUACGUGUUUCCAGCGCAAGUGAGGAUUCACUAACCUGGGGUCAGCUUGCUUGCAUCCUUUUAGCGAUUCCUGUCGUCGUGCUCCUUGGACUUGUAAUCGUUCAAGUGUGCCUAUAUUCAUCUAAGAAAAAGGAACUGAAAGCACAGAUGUUCAUCAUACAACAACGAAGCUAUGCCCAACAGACCGGACAACUACUUGAGCCAAAGCCGUUUCGAGCAGUCAGUUCUUGCUCCGCUGGAAGCGCCUUUGAUUCGGGCGACACUCCUGCCAGCGGAGACUGUAUGGCGAACAAGUCAGCAGCACAACAUGAUCAGCCAGCGUAUUUGGAGGUACACUAAAUUAACACGGUAGUAGUGUGUAUCGGGCCGGUUCUGGAGUAGGCACAUGCCCCGGCCCGAAAAAAUGGGGUAUUAUUGAUAGUACCCCGAAAACAAUACAUACUACUCAACAUGUCACAGCAGAUUGGUGGCUCAGUAUUACCCACAACGUCCGGGGUGAUUGCACUACACACGUCCCUCGAACCGGCGGAAGCAGUUUCUGAUUGACUGCACCAUGCCAUAGUCUCAAGUCGGAAGGCUGCUGGUUUGCGCAUUCGAGACGUGAUACAGAUAAACAUCAGGCCGUUGGAUGCCAGUAUCGCAUCAGUCUGUAAUGUGCUAGCUGCAGCAUGUUCUGACUCGCCAAUAUCUUGCUUAUUGUUAGUACCGGACAAACAACGGAGAUAACAUGUAAACUGUUGGCGAUCUCUUUCUAAUUCAUACCCGAUAGUCAUUCAUACUUCGAGUGUAUGUUUAUGGUAGGAACGCAUUAUCCGGCUCCUCAGUAGUCAGCAUGCGUUGGUGGCCAAGCAGUUGAUCCGCCGAUGCCGCCGGGCCUGAUUACUCACUGUGCGCACCUAUGCAUUGUCUCGUGGGUGCAGCUCCAUUGGUCAAAGUAGCUGCCACACCGUACAAGAUAGCACAUGCAAUUAUUUUCCUGCUUUUGAUCAAUGGUAUUCUCUUUCUCCAGAACAGUGCAGCAUGCCGGGCUGCAAAAUUCACCAAAAGUGGAUUUGAUUCUAAUAAUCAUACUCCGAACUAAAGUAAUUUCCUAGAUGUACAGUCAUGUAUUCAAAGCUGAACCACCUUGAACCACCUUACACCACUUACCCUAAAUAGUUUAUACUCCAAUCAGCGAUAUCAGGUGACAACAGAUGCGAUAAAUUCACCACUAGAAAGUAACAUUUAUCGCAUCUGUUGUCACCUGAUAUCGUUGAUUGAUGUAAUGUUUCUUUUCAGCUCUCAUUUUCUCGUGCUAGUUAGAGUUUAUACUCCAGUAACUAUUCCAGUGCCCCGUGCUAUGUUACAGUGUAAUAGCAGUAUUUGGUUAGAGCCGUGGCACUUGUAUU